AUGUCAUCUAGUAGUAUGCAGCAGCUCCAAAGCCAGCAAUUCAGAGCUGCCAGUCUCGAAUACUCUCAGCAGGGCCUGGACUCGCCCGGCGCUCACUCCCACAUAACCACCACUUCCUCGGCCUCCCACCAAGCAUUUUCCUCCAGAACUUCAAAUGACGGCAUGCGCUCCAACAACGUCUCCCGGACUCUCGUCGACCCUUCUCACUUUGCCGACGGCCUUUCCUUUCCGCCCCACGACCAGAAUCCAAUCAUGUUCCUCGGCGAGCCAGAUCAUGCUUCCGACGCCUUCGCCACGUCCCACCCCCCCUCUUUAUCCUCUAUAGCCGCCCGCCAAAACACCAUAACCGUCAUGCCUGGUCCUUUUGACAGAGCCAUGGGCCGGCGACGUAAUAGCGUAAUCACCUCGGAAGACGGCAGCCAAGAUAGUGGCCACGCCGACCAUAAUCCCCUCGAAGACGCCGGAGCCGACGAGUUCGGCUUACCUACGCAGACGGCUGGCAACAGCGCCGAGCCGGCCGGCAAGGCCAAGGAGGACAAGACGGACCAGACGCCCGCGUGGAGUGAACUCAAGACCAAGGCUGGGAAGGAACGAAAGCGCCUUCCACUGGCAUGCAUCGCAUGCCGACGCAAAAAGAUCCGGUGCUCCGGUGAAAAGCCCGCCUGCAAGCAUUGCCUGCGCUCCCGGAUCCCCUGCGUGUACAAGGUGACGACCAGGAAGGCCGCGCCCAGGACCGAUUACAUGGCCAUGUUGGACAAGCGCCUCAAGCGCAUGGAAGAGCGCAUCAUCAAGAUCGUCCCGAAAAACGAACAAGACCCCAAUGCCGCGUCGCUGACCCGGGCCGUUGUUAAGCCGGCCAUCCCAGGUACCCUCCCUGCAGCCAAGGCCGGCUCCAAGAAGCGAGCCGCCGACGAGGCCUUCGGCCAAGACCUCGACCACUGGGCGAAAGCACCGGUCAAGAACCUGCUCGAGGCGCCCAACAAGCCAACUUCGCUUCGGGCGCAGGAAGCCGAAGAGAAUAAGCUGUUCCUCGAGGGGCUCGACGCACUGCCUUCCAAGGAGAUCCAGGAACAUUUAGCCGAGGUCUUUUUCGAGAACAUUUACGGCCAAGCAUACCACUUGCUUCACAAGCCGAGUUAUAUGAGGAAACUUAGAGCCGGCACGCUGCCGCCCGUUCUCAUCCUGUCCGUCUGCGCCAUCGCCGCGCGCUUCUCCAGCCACCCCAAGCUCAACAGCUCGUCGCCCAAUUUCUUGCGCGGGGAGGAAUGGGCAUCACACGCCAGAGAUAUCUGCACCAGGCGGUACGAAUGGCCCAACAUCACCAUUCUGACAUGCCUGUUGAUCCUGGGCCUGCACGAGUUCGGCACGUGUCACGGCGGGAGGAGUUGGGCUCUGGGCGGGCAAGCAAUCCGCAUGGCGUUCGCCCUCCAACUUCACAAGGACCUGGACCAUGACCCGCUUAAUCGGAACGGGUCGUCGCAAUUGAGCUUUAUCGACCGGGAAAUUCGACGAAGGACGAUGUGGGCCUGCUUCCUCAUGGAUCGCUUCAACUCAUCGGGCACAGAACGGCCGACGUUUGUACGGGAGGAGACGGUCGACAUACCAUUACCGAUCAAGGAGAAGUAUUUCCAACUCGACAUGCCGGCACCGACGGAAACCCUCAAGGGUAAAGUUCCACAUCCCGUGUCGGCAGAAGAUGGCCAGAUGGCCAAUGCCAAAGACAACAUGGGCGUUGCCGCCCACAUGAUCAAGACGAUCGCCUUCUGGGGGAGGGUCAUCAACUAUAUCAACCAAGGAGGGAAGGAGCUCGAUCCCCACCCCAUCUGGAGCUCGGAGUCCCAGUACGCCGCCCUGCUCGAGGAGGCGGACAGGCUGCUGGAUGACCUCCCCGAGUUCCUGCAAUACUCGCCCGAGAACCUGGCACUCCAUGACACGGAGAGGAUGGCCAACCAGUUCCUUUUUCUCCACAUCGCAAUCCACCAAAACAUAUUAUUCCUCAACCGUGCCGCCGUGGUGACACCGGAAAGUGCCGCGGCCCAAGGGUUUCCCAGGGACUUUGUCACCAAGGCCGGCGACAAAACAUUCGCGGCGGCCAACCGCAUCUCCGAACUCCUCAAGGACGCCGAGUCUCACAUGGUCACCGCCCCCUUUGUCGGAUACUGCGCGUUCUCUUCGGGAAACAUUCACAUCCUUGGCAUCUUUUCCGGCAACCCCGCCGUGGAGGCGGCCUCAAAGCGAAACCUGGCAACCAACGUCAAAUUCCUCUCCAAAAUGAAAAGGUACUGGGGCAUGUUCCACUACAUGUCGGAAAACCUUCGCAACCAAUACCGGACAUACGCCGACGCUGCCAGAGGGGGAUCCUCGAGCAAGGAUGCCACCACGGUCUCCCCCAUCUUCCAGUACGGCGACUGGUUCGACCGAUACCCCCAUGGCGUAUCACAAUCCGACUUUUCGGACCCAGCGACGCAGAAGAAGAAAGAAAAGGGCGACGAUGCCGUCUUGGAACAGAAGCCCGAGCUACACACCGUGGAGGAGUAUUUUACCAAGCUGUCGCCGCCUCGUAGCGUAGAGGACAGCUCCUCGAGGCCGAACCCGUCUAAGCGCAAGUCUUUUGCUGGAAAGAAACUGAAUAUGGGUGUCAGGGCGGAAGGGGCCCAUUCCGAGCCGCUCUCUACCGAGAACAUUGCCGCUACCGCGCAGGAGCAGCUGAGUGCUCGUAUGCAGCAGCAGAGAGCCGCGCAAGGCUCCCUCGGCGCCCAGACCAGCGGUUCAGCCAACUUCAACCCCCUCGGCAUGCCUCACUCGCAGGGAUCGAAUUACCAUGCCCUUUCGCCAAUCAGUCCGAUCGCCGUCGGCCAGUUCGGGCAACACCACCAGGGCACGCCGUCAUUCUAUCCACCCGACUUGCUCAGUAUGUCGCUGCAUCAGCAGAGCGGAAUUCUACAACCCCUCGACCGGCAGCUCGUUUUUGGCGGGUACUCUAUGGAACAAGGCAACAUGGGCCAUUUUGACGGCAUCGACUGGGAUGGCAUGCCCUCCAGUGCCCACAGCGCAUCGGGGACACACCGGGAGGGCGCCCGCCCUCGUCCGCAUCGCGGCGGCAACCCCAACGGCAUGGGCGGGCCCGGUCACGGACACCCGGACAGCAUUGCAGGAUUCGGGAGUCAAGAGGCAUCGACCGCGUGGUUUAUGCCGUUCAAUAUGGAGCCGCCCGAAAUCGGCCAAGACAUGGGUAUGAACCUGGACGGGUUCGGCAACGUCUUUGGCCACAGCCUGCAUCACGGAACGCGCUGA